UCCCAUCCCCACCUCAAGCCCUCCUCCCUCCACCGAGGAUUUGUCUCUCACAGGCAGAGCCUGUGGUUUGUAAUCAGAUGACUGAAGGCGAUAAUCCAACACUACACUCACUCGUGCUACGUUUCGUACACUUCUUCAAGAUCACGCAGGAGGAGAAGAGGAAAGAAGGAGGAGGGGAAAGAGGGACUGAGGUGAAAGCUUUCCAGACAGUUGGACCGGGGAAUGUGGGAGGUUUUUCGAUAUGACACAGGAAAAGCACCUUGAAUCUGGACUCUACCCCUCUAGCAACCAUCUUGGUUUUGCCCGCGCAGAGAUGGAGGUUGAUCAUGAGCACCCAAUUAUUUCCUUAUCAAAGAGUUCCUCAGACGUGGCCGGUGGUUCUGCUCAGCGAAUGGAGCUAGCCUGGUGCCGGCAGCAUCUCCGCAAAAGUGUCAGCAAUGCAGGCUACCCUCAGAGGCCUUCCAGUAGAGGAGGCUCUGUCACGGGCAUGCCUUCAUCUUUGGAGAUUGAGGAUCGUAGUAUAGCUAUAGGUGGUGGUAGUACUGCUCCAGAGACUGUUAUCUGGUGUGGAAGAGCCACACGACCCUGGAGCAUCACUGAGGACUCUCAGCAGGUAUACACUGCUGAAAGGUGUGCACCAUGUUCCCCGUCAAUGCACAGGGAUUUAAGGAUGGGCUGUUUAGAGGACAGGGAGUCAUGUUGCCAAUGCCAUGCAGAGGAAAACCUGAAAGCCCGUAACAAAAUGGUUUAUGGAAUGUUGUCUCCCGCUCUAGGCACCAGACUCUGUCUUAGGAAUACACAAAGCAUUGCACAGCAAGGGAUGGAUGACAGACUUUGUACACAGAGUCACUUUAAGGGUGAGAGCCACCAUUUACCAGCAUGCAGGUCUGCGUGUGUUAAUAAUGUACUGAACGCUGGCUCCUUCAAAAACACUUGUCAUGUUAUGCCCUGUUCUGGACAUUUAUUACCUUUGCCAGCCGGUGCAGGAAGUUCUUGUUUACCUGAAAGGUCACUACUCCAUUCACCUUGGCGUGGUUUCCCACCUCUGGUGUCCUCUGUCAGUGAGACGGGACUAAACAAUCGGGCUGCGGGUCACUGCUAUGGACCUGAAACAUGUGGGAAGAACAUUUCUACCUUCAGAGUAGACCAAAAUAGACAGUCUGGGUUUAGCCAUCGGACAGUAAGAGAUGCCUGCAAUAUGACAUCUCAAAAGGACUUCAGAGAAGUUGGGGUGCAAACCAUGUCUACAGAUUCCCUUAUUUCUCCCCUCUCCAAUGCUUUCCCUGAGAUCUGCAUGACAUCUUGUCCAGGUUCAAACACAUGUCCAGAUGGAGAGGAUGUGGAGACCAGGAUCUCAGUAAAGGAGGUGGAGUGGGAUGCAGAGGGAAUGACAUGGGAGGUCUAUGGGGCAGCUGUAGACCCAGAGGAGCUUGGCCUGGCCAUUCAGCGUCAUCUAGAGCUUCAGAUCAAAGAAACAGCAGCUGCUGCUGCUGCCCAGAAGAAAACAACUGCAGAGAAUAAUGGUGCCUCAAUGCAACAAAACAGUCGACAGAGGAAGAGUGAAAGUGUGGUGCGAUUACUGUGUGGUCCAGCAUGCUGCUCGCAUUCCACUGCUGUAGAAGACUGAGGAGAUAAAUGAAAUUGUAAGCUUAUAAGCAUGUAAACUGCCUUCUUUACCUCUUAAGCACUUUUUGAUUUAAUAUAGCAGAUGAAGUCUAAGCACCUGACAGGGUAUGUAUCUGUUCAUCGCUUAAAAUCCCAGCUUAUUAAUCAGUUAUUACUCUUGAAGCAGAGAACUAAUAAAUUCUCUGAGGAAAUUUGAAGAGGCAAGAUUCUGGACUUCUACACUCAGGAACAGCUAUAAGGCAAUACUUGAAACUAACAUACACACACGUACAUUGUACCUGAGUCAAAUCUAAACCUGGUAAAUGUAUUUGGAAAAAAUGGGUAACUUCAUAGGGCAAUUGGCUAUAUCACAAACUCUCAGAUUGACAUUGUUGUAUAUAUCCUGCAUGCCUUUAUUAAAGGGCAUUUUCAGAUUUACAAGUCCACAGUCAAGACUUUAUUGUAAAGUAUAGAUUAUGAUUAAAUUUACUAUUUGUGUUUUGACAGAACAAAUAAGAUUAUGAUAUCUAUUAUGCUUUAUAUUAUAACUGCUAGCAGGUAUAGAUUUAAAUUAUGUACGUGCUUCAUUUCAAACCUAACAUAAGAUUGUAAUGGUAAGAUGUAAGAUGGUGGUGAUAUUUUGGUAAUUUUUUACACUGUUAGGAAACAUAAAAAACACAAUUUUAUUAAGUUUUUGAAGUAAUGAAGAUUAUACAAUCACUGUCCACAUUAAUAGGAACGCCUGUACCACCUGCUCACUUUUGCAGUUAUCCAGUCAGUCAAUAUCCAAUCAGCAGCAUAACAUCAUGCAGAUACAGGUCAAGAGCUUCAGUUAGUAUUCACAUAAAACAUCAGAAUGGGGAAAAAAUGUGAUCCACUGGCUUCCACUCCUGUCAGUCAAGAAUAGGAAUCUGAGGCUAUCAUGGGCAUGGGCUCACCAAACCCGGACAGUUGAAGACUAGAAAAAGGCCAGGUGACCAACAUUCUUGUUCAUGGCUGACAGGAGGGGAAGCCAAUGUGGUCUUCUGCUGUUGUAGCCCAUCCACCUCAAGGUUCAAUGUUUUGUGCAUGCUGAGAUGCUUUUCUUCUAACCACAGAGUGCUUAUUUGAGUUAUAUCCUUCCUGGCAGCGCGAACCAAUCUGGCUAUUUUCCUCUGACCUCUCUUAUCAACAAGGUGUUUCCACCCACAGAACUGUUGCUCACUCAAUGUUUUUAGUUUUUCACACAAUUCUGUGUAAAGAGAGACUUUAGUCUAGAGACUAUGGUGUGUGAAAAUCCCAUGGGAUCAGCAGUUUCUUAAAUAUUCAAACCAGCCCAUCUGGUACCAAAAACCAUGCCACGGUUAAAGUCACAGAGAUCACACUUUUCCGCAUUCUGAUUUUUGAUGUGAGCAUUACCUGAAGCUCUUGACCUGUAUCUGCAUGAUUUUAUGCAUUGAGCUGCUGCCUCUACAUGAUUGGCUAAUUUGAUAACUGCAUAAAUGAACAGGUGUACAGGUGUUCCUAUUAUAGUGGAUGGCGGUGUAGCUUAAUUACUUAGAUAAACAAAUACUGGAAACCAUGUCUACUGAUUUCCUUGUUUCUCUUCUCCAUAAUGCAUUCUCUUAAUAAUUAAUCUUUAAGCAUUAAGUUUAAGUGUCCUCCGCCUUGUGCCCCCAGUCCCCUGGGAUAGGCGUCUAGGCUCCCCCGCCACCCUGUGUAGGAUAAGCGGUAUAGAAAAUGGAUAGAUGGAUGGAAAACAGACCAACUUGAUUUAGUCAGUAUUGCACCAUUAUGGAAUUAGCCUCUACUUUUAGAGUCCAACUUCAACUUAAUGUCUUCUUAAUGUGUAUUUUUAGUGGAAUUUAAUGGAAUAUCUAGAUUCAAAGGAAGUGUAACCUGAAGCAUUAAUUGUUGAAUCAAUUAUAUUAUACAAUUAAAUUGCGUGGUGAAAAGCUGAAACAGGUCAUUGAUGAGAAUGCAUUUGUGUAUGUUGUGUGUAUGUGUAUUUUGACGAUGAGUGAGUGCACUCACAGCUUUAUUCUUUUGCCAAAGCAAAUCAUACCUUUCUUUAGACCAAAGCAUUGUGAUUCACUGUCAAUAGAUAAUAAUAAAGUAAUGUAAAAGGUCUAAUAAAAAUCUUAAUAUAUGUUGCAUAAUGGAAGUGUUAACAAUAGCUUUUGUGUGAAUAAUUGCAACAAUAAAUUGUUUGAAAAAAUGAAUCCUAAAUGCUGAUUCUUCUGUUCAGAGUACAUAAAAUACAUGACGAUGUGGCAUGGCAUACAAAAGCAGAUGUGGUUGUCUUUACAUGUUGAAAGAGCAUGUUUGUUUCUGCAUGAAACAUUAGAGAGAAAGCGUGAGAGAGCAGAUGAGGAUCCUGUUAACUUGGUGAAUAUUGUUCUGGUAAAAUGCUCUGGACAUUUCCAUUGUCCUUUCACUGACAUUUUAAGCAUUUGGAUGAUCAGGCACAUUCUCUGGUAUUGUACAGUAUACAGUACUGGAGCACCUCGUCUCACUGCAUUUGUGGUGUGCUUGUUGUAUCAUGUUUCACUGUUUAGGGUAAACACAACAACUCAAUCAGUUUGUCAGUGUUUGUUAACACUCCAUCCAAAGACUGUUACUAAUCUGUAAUAUCAUUAAUCUCAGAAUAUGACAAUGUUUAAACACAGUUUGUAACACUUCAUACUUCAUAUAUGACAUGCUGUCAGAACAUAAUCCUAGCAUGAACCACCACUCUACAUCAAGGUUUCUCAAACACUUUAAAGACAGCAUCCUCUUUCAGUGUGAAAAAUAAUAUCUGGAUCCCCUUAUGAUUGCAGUAUAAUCCAACCAUUCAUACAUUAAUCACAUUAGACAACCCAAACCAGUUAUAUAACAUCCAGAACCCAAACCAGUUCCGUAUAUUGUGUUAAAUGAUUCAGAUACCUUUUCCCUAGUUUUUUUAAAACUGCAAUUAGUUUUGUGAGCGUUAUGGUGCCACAGCAGGUAGCACUGCUGCCUUACAGCUCCAGGAUUCUGGUUUUGAAUUCUGGCUCAGGUUACA